UUUUUACUUUCUUCUGUGAAUAUUGUGCCAAGUCCUCCACCUUCGCAAAUAAGAUAAGAGCACAACUGCAAGAACUCUCCCAGCACUGCGCUAAUGUUUAACUAGAUAAUUCUUCUCUUAGGGGCAAGAAAAGUAAAUGGGCACAAUUUCGUUCCGUCCUGUCAUUUCAGUACUUCAAAUUCAUGUGAUAGGGGCAAGAAAAUGGAAGAGACAUUGGAGAAUGUGAACACACCAUCUGAAUUUAAAGUAUCUGAUGCAGGUGGAAUUCGGCUACGGCUGAGAGACAGAGACCUGCUAAAGAAACGGAAGGCUGAGGCAGAGGAAAAGGCAACAAACCAGUGGGUUUAUGGGGCACAAAGCAUUAAAAGAGCAAGAAAGAGUACCAGCGGUACCCCAGGAAAGAAAGGUCGACCAAGAAAAGAGCAACCUAUAGUAGAAGAGCAGCCCAAAAUAGAGGAGCAGGCCAUACCAGAAGAUCUCUGUGAGGUUCAGGAAACUGACCCUUCCCCUGCCACACUUCCCAACACGCAACCAGUAUUGCCCAAUGAACCUGAGACAGUGACCCUGCCACCAGCUGAGCCACAACCAGAGUUGGUGCCUGUGGACACAAUAAGUGAUAAACCUCUUGAGGGGUUUCUGAUCGAGGAUCUGGGGCCUGAUGAGGAAGACAGACCAAUACCUCAAAAUAGGCUAGACAUUGAUACAGGUGAUGUGCCUGAACAGAGUCAAGUCUCUAUCCCCAUGUUUCCUCCAGCUCCGGCAAUCCCAACGUUUCCUCCAGCUUCUGCUCCUUAUCCAGACAGCCUACCAGAGAAUUUACUCUGAGUCUCUUAUUUCAGAGUCACUGUGCUGAAAGCAUGGAGACUAACUCAAUAGCCAAAUGAUUUUUAUUUCAAGAGCAAAUGUAAAUGUAUUCAAACAAUUUCAUUGUUUUGUGUUUAUAUGCCACUCGUCAAUAUACUCUUGUCAAAGGAAAACAAACCAGACAUUUUGCUUAAUUAAAAACAAAAACAGAAAAUAAUGAAUGUAUAAAAUAUAGUGCUUUUGUGCCUCCUAGUGAUCAUAAAGUGACUUGCACAUUGCAAAAGUGAUGUUUUUUUAAAUUGCAUUUAGGCUUCUAUAACAAAGAAUCUCAGUUUGUUUGUACAACUAUUUAAAAUUAAAUGGGUUUUAUAUUU